AUGUAUGGCAUUAGUGCAUAUGUGAGUGGAUUGCCAACAUUAUCAAGGUUUACAUGUCACAUCUGUGGCAAGGUUAGCAAGACACGCCAGCACAUGGAGUAUCACAUGAGAGUGCAUACGGGGGAGAAACCGUUUGGCUGCAGGUUCUGUGGGAAGAAGUUCAGACACCAGCACCAUAUGAGACAGCACACUGUGAACACGCACCAUCGAGAGAUGGGCCUUACCUUGCCUGGGGAGACCCCAGACAGCAUGAUGGUCCGAUCCUCAGAAGGCAUGUACCAAUGCCUGCUGUGCGGUAGACAGAACAGACACAAGGCUGACCUAAAGAAACAUCUGCGAGUGCACACGGGAGAGAGACCGUUCAAGUGUCAAGUGUGCCAGCGAAUGUUCCGACAGAUACAGCACCUUAAACGCCAUGAGAUAUCUGCUCAUAUCUCCCAUACAGUCAUGGAGUGA